GCAUUCUAUCCUCAUUGACGACGAGCCUGCGUCAUUUCCGGAUGUUGCCCCCCCCCUUUUUUUUAUUGACAUUUCGCUUAAUUCUAGCUUGCGGGCAACAGGCGUUUUGCAGGGUCAUUUGUUUUUUAUUCGGUGACAUUUAGCAUCACGGCUUCUGAACGGAUAGGUGCAUGUUUUGCACAACAUAUAGGCGUUUGUAGGUGUCAGGUUGUUGGAAAAUUGUGGAGACAUCAACAUCUUUCUUCCUUUGGAUUCCUGACGUUUUGGCUUCCUUUGUCAGCUUGACUUCCGUUUUCAUGUGCAAUCAACAGUGGAAAAAUAGCUAGUUAGCUAUCUUGCUAGGAAAACCCGAGUCAAUGUUUUAAGUUGUACUUAGGCGUGAACAAUAUAAGACUUUCUUUCUGCAAAUACGUCUGCUUUAAGGGGCUAAUUUCCUACGUUUGUUUGCAAGCUAGUUUUCAGGCUAGUUUCCUUACACGGAUGCUAGGUGGCUAGCAAGGUUAGCUAGCUUGCUAACAAUACUGCUGCACAUUUCUCACUAUUGUCCGUCGGUACGCUGUACUAGAAGUAUCGAAAUACCUGAAUGAGAGGUCGUAAACUUACUGUCCUCUUACAUUAUUUUUUGUACUGAGGCCCCAAGAAACUACGUUUUUAGCUAGCCCCAACUAGCUUAAUUAGCUAACCAAAACACCAUGUUUCGAUAUUUAAAUGACGUGGAUGACAACCCUUACAUGAUGGAUCCAUUUGCAGCCCAGAGGCAACAGAUGAGGAGUCUGUUUGGGUCGUUUGGCUACGAACCUUUCCCCCUCAGCCCUCAGAUUCAGCCUCCCCGUGCACCCCACCUUCAGGCUGGGGCCCUGCAGCCGUUUGGAAUGAUGGGAAUGGGGGGAGGCUUCAUGGACAUGUUUGGGAUGAUGGGAGGAAUGAUGGAGAACAUGGACAGAAUGUCUGGUUCGCCAAACUGUCAGACGUUCUCUUCCUCCACAGUCAUCUCCUACUCCUCCUCAGACAUGGGAGCCCCUAAAGUCUACCAGCAGACCAGUGAACUGAGGACUGCACCUGGAGGGAUUCGUGAGACGCGCCAAUCGAUGCGUGACAGCGAGAGUGGCUUGGAGCGCCUGGCCAUUGGCCACCACAUCUGGGACCGCGGUCACGUGAUGGAACGCUCCCGAAACCGCCACACGGGUGACCGCGAAGAACGACAGGACUACAUCAACCUGGAGGAGAGUGAGGCUACUGCCUUCGAUGAGGAGUGGAGGAGCACAGCCGGAAGGUACCCUCCCCCAAACGCACGGGGGAUAGACUACGGCCGGGACAGGAGGGCAGGGGGCCAACAGCUGGCCCUCGCCGCCCCACCCAGCUCCUCGUCUCCGCCCGCCCCUCGCCAUGAGUCUCCCAGACACCUCCCACCCGCAACUCGCCCCCGCUACGACUGGUGAGAGGGGUCAAGGGUGAAAGGUGAGCAGAAGGAUGGAGGAGAGGAUACCGAGGGGAUCUGCCUGAUGCUGUGAAUGAAGAAGGGAGAAGAGGGUCACUACUGACCGUCAAGAUGUUUGAUAUGAUGGGACUGUCUAUAUAUAAACUAUACAUUUAACACACACACACAUCAGAACCCAACACACUCAAUACCCGCAAUUAUGGUUCAACCUAUCUGCUGUUACCGUUCACAUACACAUGUGCGGACAAGCGUACACACAUGAUUACACACAUUCAAGUUGUAUAUAGAGCCACCCUCCAACUUCACAUGCGUUAAUUUCCCAACUCACUAUAUAAAUAUAUAUAAAUUGCCACACUACAUACUACACAUGUGCUGUACAGUCCAUAUAUGUUUGUGUAGACACUAGUGUGUCUGUGAAUUGAAUUGUAUACUGUUGACUAAUUAAAAUAAUUAAUGAAAACAAACAUUAAAUAUUGUUAGAUAAUUGCA